UAAAUAAAAUAUAAAAUAUACUAUAUGCUAAUUCUGUAUGAACUCCUAAUCUUUUUAAUUAUUUAAUAGUAAUUUAUUGGUUUUGUCAUUGAUAGGUACCUAUCGACAAUUUAAAAUUUAGAUAGCUAUAAAUAUUGUAAUUGGCAUAUAAUUGCGUGAUUCGUCAUACGGAUUAUGUGAAAUGUAAGAAGUGAGACAGUAGCAAUGACCACUAAAGCAAAGUUCCGUUGAAUUUAAUAGUAAAUUGUGCUCAUAAUAUUUUUUUUAAGUGUUACGAGUUUAAACUACAUAUUUGAUUUGAUGAAUUAUUUUUCUAUUAUGAAUUUUGAAUUUAAUCGUGAAUCUAUAGUUCCUAUCUUACUAAUAAUAUCAGCUAUGUGACUGACUUUAUAAUAAAAAAAUUCAUGUCUAAAUUUUUGAUACUGUAUUGGAAUUUGGCAAUAUUUAAUUAAACUCAGUUGACAUAACUUAUAGUUAGGUACUUAUUUGUUAGAUCGCACUUUACUAGUGAAUCGUGAUGGCGUUUGGUAUCGUUGAUUAUAUUGUGUUUGCAAUAAUGUUGGUAAUGUCGGCUUCAAUAGGCAUAUAUUAUAGAUUUACUGGUGGUAAACAAAAAACAACACAAGAAUACAUGCUGGGUAAUAAAAAUCAAGGCGUCGUACCAGUUGCGUUUUCAUUGAUGGCCAGUUUUAUGUCUGCUAUAACAUUAUUUGGCGUAAGUUCGGAGAACUAUUACCAUGGUACACAAUUUGUUGCUAUUAAUUUAUCAUAUGUCUUGGGAACUCCAAUAAUUGCCUACAUAUUUUUACCUGUAUUCUUCAAACUUGGAAAUUUAUCUGUUUAUGAAUAUUUAGAAAAAAGAUUUGGUCGAUUAACAAGGACUUUUACAUCUAUGGCAUUUAGUAUGCAAAUGAUACUUUAUAUGUCAAUAGUGUUAUAUGCCCCAUCAUUGGCUUUAGGAGCUAUAACUGGAUUAUCUUUAACCUCUUCUAUUAUACUAGUGGGUUUAGUAUGUGUAUUUUAUUCAACAAUUGGAGGAAUUAAAGCAGUCAUUAUUACAGACGUAUUUCAAUCAUUACUUAUGUUUGCUUCAAUAUUUGCUGUAAUUGGAGUUGCUAUUUAUGAAACUGGUGGAAUAUCACAAAUUUGGAAGAUUGCUGAUAAAUAUGGACGAAUUGAAUUUAAUAAUUUUAAUAUAGAUCCUACAGAAAGACAUAGUUGGUUUAGUCUGGUGAUUGGUGGUAUGUUUACCUAUGUUUCACUGUAUGCAAUUAAUCAAACACAAGUACAAAGAUAUUUAACUAUGAAAGACUAUAAUACAGCUGUGAAAUCUUUAUGGUGUAGCUUACCCCUUUUGUCACUGCUAUCUAUUUCAACAAGUUUUUCUGGGUUGGCAAUGUUUUCAAAAUACCAUGACUGUGAUCCUAUCAAGUCUGGUCGUAUAUCACGUGGAGAUCAAUUGAUGCCUUUGUAUGUAUCAGAUACUAUGGGAUCAGUUCCAGGAUUGACUGGGUUAUUUGUUGCUGGUAUAUUUUCAGCUGCAUUAAGUUCGGUUUCGCCGGUGCUUAACUCUUUAGCUGCAGUUACAAUGGAAGAUUAUCUUAAGCCUUUUAUGAAACAAGAAAUUUCAGAUAAAAAACGAGUAUUUUAUAUGAAAAUAUUAGUCCUUACCUAUGGUGCAAUUUGUUUGCUAUUAGCUUUUUUGAGUCAAUAUUUGGGAUCAAUACUUCAAACUUCAUUGGUUAUAUUUGGAGUGAUUGGUGGACCAGUAUUAGCAGUAUUUACAAUGGGAAUACUAUUACCUCAUGUCAACCAAAAAGGUUCAUUGAGUGGGCUUAUAAUUGGCUUAUUAUUUUCAUUUUCAAUUGGGUUUGGUAGACCUAAAGACAAAAAUUUACCAACAUAUGUAGAUGGAUGUCCAGGGCUAAAUGAAACUCUUCAACUAUCUUCCUUGUUAUACAAUGAGUUACCAAAUGACAAUCAUCAUUAUUAUUAUUGGUAUCGCAUUAGUUAUUUGUACACAAUAGUUCUUGGGUUUAUGGUAACAUUUUUAAUUGCACUCGUGGUUAGUUCAAUUUUCAAAGAAGAGCAUUGUAAUAAUCCAGAUUUGUUUACACCAUUUGUUGCCAAACGUUUAAGAAAACAUGGAUUAUUAUUGAAAAAAAAAUUUGUCAAAAUGGAUAUAAGUAGUCCAGAUGAGUUAAAUCAUAUAUUAAGAUAAGAUGGAUUUGUUACUAUAUUUUUUUUCACUAUACAUUGUUGAAGAUCUUUUUACAUUUAUAUCGGUGACAUCUAUUAUAGAUUAUGAAUCAGAGCAAUGUAAACCAGGCAGGUAAUUGUCCAAAAUAGACAGACAAAAGUUAAUAGUAUAUCUUUAUAUUAUAUCUUAUAUAAGAAUAACUUCAAGUAGUGACAAUGGGUGUGGCUAACAAAAUAUUACUGGAAGCAUAAUUUUAUUAUUUCGACAACUGCCUAGAUUGCAUUUUGGUAAGAUUUACAGUGUAAAAUAAUUUUUAGACUGCAUUCGAUUUUCAGAAACAAUAGCUGUUGACGAGAAAUAAUUUAAUCAAAGGGUGUAGUCUGGCUAUCUCAACUAAAGUAGAAAAGACAAAUUAUAGUUGACCAUUUACUAUGUAACAUAUGAUUAUUGUCUUAACAUUGAAAUGCAUAUAAUUAUAAUUAUGAAAUGAUAAAAAAACCAAUGCUGGUAUGAUAAAAGGAAUCUUAUCAAACUACUUUACUACAGUUAAAAUUUAUAAAUGGAUUGUCUCAGACAUACAACAUUUAUUAUACAAAUUCUACAAUAAACUUGCUAUGUAAUUAAUAGCUGUAAUAA